UGUGUGUUUGUGUGUCUGUGUGUCUGUGUGUCUGUGUGUCUGUGUCUAUGUGUGCAUACACCUAUCUGUAAGCGACUCGGUCCAAGACGCUUGCUGCCGGGCCGGGGGAAGUGCCACGUACCGUGCAGACGGGGCGUCAUGGAAGGAUCGCCCCAGCCUGAGCGUGAUGCCCUCCGCUCGGCCGUGCACGACGAGCUGAUCGAUCUCCUCGUGGAGGGCGGGUACAUGCGCAACGCCAUGCGAAGCGAGGUGGAGGCCGCCCUGUGGCGCUGGAGCCAAGCGAGCAAGAGGUCCGUGCCGGAGCAUUCGAAGCGCGUGGAGACCAGCGAUUGUGCGGGGCAGGCGCUGGCUUCCAGGGCUGGGCCUCGGGCGCCCUCGAAUCCAAAGGAGACGCCUCCAGAGGCGCCCUCGGCACCAGGCAGUGGCGUCGACAUCGGCACACAGCCGCACAAGGAAUGCGGAAGUCUGGAGGUCGCCUCUGUGGAGUUUGGCCGCGACUCCUCGGAUAACGAUUCGUCCUCGAGUAUGGAUGCCGCGGCGGUGGCCCACUUCUCCAAGUUCGUGAAGUCCGUCGAAACAACCAUCCCCGAAUGCUUCGUCCCCGAGGUCGGUGACAUGAUCUUCGUUCACCGCCUGAGGCAGAAGGCUGCUGACUUUUGGGAUUGGCUGCAGAACAUUGAGCCGCCCGCCCCCGCUGGGCGCGUCGCUCACUUCACCACGGGCAAGUUCUUCGAAGGGGCGAUCACCGUCACCAUCAUCAUCAAUUCUGUUUGGAUGAUGUAUGUUGCCGACGCGAAGAUCAAGGAUCCGUAUCGUGACGACUCCUGGGCGUUUGCUGGCGAUUGUGUUUUCCAGGCGAUCUACACGAUCGAGAUGGCGAUGAAGCUCUGGGUGUUUCGUCAUUGGUUCUUCUGCAGCGAGUCAUGGAGGAUCAAUGUAUUUGAAUUGGCAUUGGUGGGUUUAGGCUUCCUCUCAUUGGUCACAGCAACAAGUUCGGUUAGCUUCUUGAGAGUGCUCCGUAUUCUUGAGAUCGGGAGGGCGAGUCGAGUCUUGAGGGCUAUGACCCACUUUAAGCAUUUGCGAGCUCUCAUGGUUUGCAUACAGGGCUCGAUAUCGAGCCUCAUGUGGAGUCUAUUUAUGGUAAUUCUGGUCUACAGCAUCUUCGCGCUCUUCCUGGUGCAGAUCAUUACUGGACACCUUAUGGAGACAGGUAAGGUUGUGGAGGAGACCUUUUUCUUUGAUUCAUUCGGAUCGAUCGCACAGGCAAUGUUGACGCUCCAUAUGGCAUGCACUGGUGGCCUUGGCUGGGAAGUGGCGUACGAACAGAUCGAGACGACUGGCGUUAUGGGGAGUGUUAUAUACUUGAUCUUCAUAGUUUUCGUUAAUUUCGCUCUCAUGAACAUUAUCCAGCUGCCUGCGGCAAACCCUGCCAACGUGUCAGAACGGCAGCACGACACUCUCCAGUGAAGUGACUUACUUGAAUUGACGCGGGUCUUCACCCCCCCUUUGUCUGCAUUGUCGUUAUCCUCUUCCGUCCUCUUCCUCUUCCUCCUCCUCAUCCUCGUCCUCCUCCUCCUACUCCUCCUCCUACUCUUGCCUCCUCUGAAUGGCAUCUUGGAGGCUUACUUGAGGUUUCUUUGGUGCCUCGUGGAGCCCUCUUGGAGUCUUCUUGGGCGCCUGCUGGGGGCCCAUGGAUGGUCCGUUGGGGGCGUCGGAGCCGACUUGGGCGCGCUGGUGCCGCAGAGCUGUCCGAGCUGUCCCGGCCAGGCGUG